CCUCUAUUGUCCCAGUGAGGCAGUGUGGGUAAUGGCAGCAGUGUGUGUGUGUAUGUGUGUUUUGGGACCAUGUUAUGAUAAGAGGACCCCUGCCUGUGUGUGCAUGCCUGGGUCCUACUUUCCCGCUCACUGAAGGAGGCCCGGUAGGAGAGCACAGGACCACCACCACCACCACCACCAUCACCACCAUCAUGACCACUUUAGAAACCAAGGACUCCACCACUUCUAACACCACCAACACCACCUCCACCACCUCCUCCACCCCGCCGCACCAGGACAACUCCACCAGCGAGUCACACACCAAACAUUGUGAGGAGCAGAAUGAGAAUGGGGAGCUGGUUAAGCUGAGUGAGGAGUCGUUAAUGCGACAACCUGAGGAGGUGUUUGAUAUCAUCUGUAAACUGGGAGAAGGGUCCUAUGGCAGCGUAUACAAGGCGCUUCACAAGGAGUCGGGGCAGGUGUUGGCCAUCAAGCAGGUGCCCAUCGACACAGACCUGCAGGAGAUCAUCAAGGAGAUCUCCAUUAUGCAGCAGUGCGACUCACACCAUGUUGUCAAGUACUACGGCUCCUACUUCAAAGACUCCGACCUAUGGAUUGUCAUGGAGUACUGUGGGGCGGGGUCAGUGUCGGACAUCAUGAGGCUGCGCAAGAAGACCCUGACGGAGGAGGAGAUUGCCACGGUGGUUUACGAUACACUGCGGGGCCUGGAGUACUUGCACCUGCGACGCAAGAUUCACCGAGACAUCAAGGCCGGCAACAUCCUCCUCAACACACAGGGACAUGCUAAAUUGGCCGACUUUGGGGUGGCGGGUCAGCUGUCGGACACAAUGGCCAAGAGGAACACAGUCAUUGGCACUCCCUUCUGGAUGGCGCCGGAGGUCAUCCAGGAGAUCGGCUAUGACUGUGUGGCAGAUAUCUGGAGUUUAGGCAUCACGGCGCUGGAGAUGGCAGAGGGCAAGCCACCUUACGGGGACAUCCACCCCAUGCGUGCCAUCUUCAUGAUCCCCACCAAGCCGCCUCCUUCCUUCCGUGAGCCCGACCAGUGGCAGCCGGAGUUCAUUGACUUUGUAUCCAGAUGUCUAGUGAAGAACCCAGAGGAGCGAGCGACAGCCACUGAGUUACUACAGCACCCCUUCAUCCGAGGAGCGCAGCCUUCUAGCAUCCUACGCACCAUGCUGGAGGAGGCCAUGGAGAUCCGAGAGAGCCAGAAUGCCAACCGACAGAACCAAAUCAAACAUAUCACCGAGUCUCAGGUCGCACAGUUGCAGCUUCCGUCCCCGGGCACCCAGAUGGAGCAGGACAACCGAAACAACCAGCACAAUCAGAUGCACCACCAACCCCCUCCACCACUAUCCCACCAUCACCACCACAACCACCACCACAACCUCCACCACCACAACCUUGUAAACACUGAGAUGCAGGAUGAUGAUGAAGUGGACAGCAGCACAAUGGUGAGGUACAGCAGUGGUGACAGUGGCACCCUCAGACCCUUGCCCAGCGACGGGACCCUCAGGGCACCGGUGGACGAUGGUGGCACUCUCAGAGCGCUGGGUGGAGGCACUGGCACUCUCAGCACGGAUUUGGGCACCAUGGUCAUCAACUCGGACAAUGAGGAGGAGGAUGAAGACUCCACCAUGAAAAGACAUGACACAGCGCCAGGAGAGAGGGUAGACCGGCCUCUCUUUCUCGACUAUUUUGACAAGAAGGAGCAGGAGAAGAAGGCGAGGAGCAAAGGAGUGAAGGACAACAGCAGCUCCUCCCCCCAGCAAGCUGUGUCCCCGCCGCAGCAGUAUGUAGGCACAGGACGGCCCAUUGUGUCCCAGCAGCACCCCGCCAUGCAGUCCUCACAGGUGACAGUGGACGACAAGCACCUAGCACAGCAACAUCAGGCACACCUACCACAGCAGUCUGCACAGCCUAGCACCAUACAGCCACAGCAGCUGCAUCUAAACCAACAGCAGCAGCAACAACAACAACUACAGCAGCAACAUGCACAGCAGAAGUCCCAGCAGCAAUUACAGCAACAGCAGCAGCAGCAACAAGCGCAGCAGCAGCAGCAGCCGCCACAGCAACAGUACCCCACGGGGGAAGGCACCAUGGUGUACAGCCCUCCGGCAGUGGUGCACCCCCAGCCCAAGCCACUGUCUGCUGAGGAGCGCAGGAAGUUUGAGCAAAUGGGCGAGGAGGAGAAAAAUAAUGAUCUGCAGAGACAGCUGGUGCAGAUGAACAACCCAGCCCAUCACCGGCCGCCGCCUGCCCGUGGUGUGGCGGCAGAGAACCAGCCAAAGUUCCAGCGUUCCUUCAUCGAUGGAGACUUUGAUUUCCUGAAGCACCUGACGUACGAGGAGCUGCACCAGCGCAUGGCCACGCUGGACCAGGAGAUGGAGCGGGAGAUUGACGAGCUGCGGCAGCGCUACCAGGCCAAGCGGCAGCCCAUCCUGGACGCCAUGGACCAGAAGCGAAAGAGACAACAGAAUUUCUAGCACAUUAGUCGUGUAUUUAGGAGGUGUUCUGCAGUGGUCGGCAUGGCGCGCACUGACUGAGAUGCGCCGCUGCUGCUGGCACGCAGCACAGCUGUGGCAUGUGCUGCACUUGAAGCUGCUUCAGAUUUUCUGGUGGAGAGGCAGAGUGGAGAGAAGGAAGCACACAAGGAAGUGUUAGCGUUGGGAACCAGUGCACCCCAAGCUGUGAGGGAGCCGUGAUUCACCUCAUGUCUGGCUGUGGUGAGGCUACGUGUAUGUGUGAGUGUGUGCGGCGUGUGUCUGUGGCAGCGCCUCCAACCCUGAGGGACUUCUCUGCUGCUCAACACUGCUUGGCUGGAGAGCGAGUCCUGUGUGGAGGGAGGGAGUCAAGAGGCAGGGAGUGGCGGGGCCCAAGACAGGAUCCAGCGCCUCCCUGGCCGAGCACUGCCGACCUCGAGGAGGGACCCCAGUAUUACUAAAGACAGUGUGCUGCGCUGGGCUCACAGAUGUGCCUGCUUCCGGCUGGCCCUGAGAGAUGGCAUUAUUUGGGGAGCGCCAGCACACCUGUCCCUGGGCACUGCUGCUGCACGGCUGGCACUCCCUGUCGGCACAGGGCGAGAGGCAAGACGUCUUAGUGAGUGUCGUGAUCAGUAUUUUCUCCCAGUGGAGGCCAAGUCUUGUCGGGACGAUGCCGUCUUAGUAGUAAGCCAAGAAAGGCCACAUUAUAAUUUUAAGGGAAGUGGAAACAUUGGAACUCAUAACCGAAUCAUUCUGAAUCACUACCGUCUGAUUGGACUUGCAUUUCUAAAUCUCAACAUGAAAACAUUUUCAGUUCCUCAUCCAAGUUCCUGUUACUCGGUGGCCGGGAAGACUCACGCACAUCAAGGCCAAACCCAAGUGUGCUGCCUGCGCGUUUGUGUGUGUGUGUGUGUGUGUGUGUGUGUGUGUGUGUGUGUGUGUGUGUGUGUGUGUGUGUGUGUGUGUGUGUGUGUGUGUGUGUGUGUGUGUAUCAGAUGCCCACAGCUUCCCAUAUGUGGGGUGGCUGUGGCAGUGGGCACCACACAGCCUGCAUUUGGGUGCGGGUGAGUGAACCUGGUGGCGUGAUGGGGUGGGCAGUGCAGGCGGUGGAGGUGUUGCAGUGUCACAGGGGACUGAUCGCAUGUUACCUCUAGUCAGACAAAUAAUACAGAUCUUCCCAGCCCAGGUCACUAACUCGAGGGAAGCGCUGGGCCAUCGUGGCUGCGGCGGCAGUGGCCGGUGUGCUCCUCCCUCCUGUUGGUACAAGUGCCUCAGUCAGGGCUUGAAUCUUUGUGUUAUUUUAAGUCAGCGGGAAAGCUUGUAGAUUUUUCUCGUGCGUGUCUUGUCGGGAAGAGACGAGAGCGCUGAGCAGUCUGUGCAUUGACGGUCAGUCAUGUAGGUAGUGUGCCAGUCUGACCCUUCCCAGGCGGUGGCGGCGGCGUGUAUGAAGGUUCUUUUCCAGUUGCCAUAACAAAACUAGAAUACGUAUAUCAAUUAGAACCCAAGUACCAAACCUCAGAUUAUUUUUGUAUCAACACAAAAUUCAUCGUGGUAGACACUCACUUAUUCUUCACGAUGCGCAGCAGCAGCAGCGGCAGCGCUGGCGAUAUCACUUAUUAAAACUUCAGAAAUCAGGGAUCUUGUGACUGAAGCUUCAGAAUUACAUAUCUUAUAACAGCUUCUUUUAGUGGAUCAAUCUUAGGCUUCCAGGAUUACUUUAUGCUUAGGAGGAGAGCGUUUGGUUGACUCUGCCUGGAGUGAGAGCAGAGAGGGUGAAGGGGAAGGCUUGGUGGAACACAUGGACACUGGAGUGAUGGGGAGUGUGGCAGUUCAUCUUGUUGAGGUUUGAUCUUUUUGGAUGAAGCUUUGGAUGCUCCUUGCUACGGAGGAUGGAGGGAAUGCAGCGCUGUGUCUGUCUGGUUUGUUUUGUCCUGCUCUGCUGCCUCGUCUGGUCUUGUCUUGCUGCUUUUGUUCCCUGUCCUGAGCCAGCUGUUGUCUCUUCACUCAAAAAUUAGAAGAAAAAUAAGAAAAAAAAUAUAUAUAAAAAAAAAAUCUCAAAACAAUUGAAAUGUUACUUUAUAUUUGCAAUUUGAUAGCAACCAAAUUUUUAUCUUUCCUUAUAAUGAAGUAAAAAUGUUAGUGAAAUUUGUCAUAUGAAUAGUUUUCUUCAUUAUUUUAUGGUAGCUAUUUGAAGAUGACGGUGGUAGGUGGAGCAGCAGCAGCAGCAUUCUCUCCUCCUUUGAUGUCAGUGGGUCAUGCUGUGCUGCAGGUGUGACCAGCGAUGGUGCCAUAACUACUACUGUGUUCCGAGACUCCAAGGCAUGGCAGGUGUGUGACGGGAGAGGGACGGGGGAUGGAAGCGUACAGCACAAAAAUGAUGGAAUAACAAUAAUUAAAGGUCUGUGUUAUUUUAGUUCAGCCAUCGUGAUAGUAGUUGUAAUAGAGAUGAAGGUAGGUUCCAGGGGUGUGGGGAGAGAGAGACAGAGAAAGAGAAAGAAGGAGGGCAAGUAUGGCAGAGAAUCUCAUGUGUUUUCCAUUGCUUUGUCUUGAAUCAUUUGGUACAGAAACACAAGAGUGGUUCCUCAAUAUCCUACUCUUGUGUGGUGUUUACUUACGGUCUCUUGGUGGCUGGGGCGGCCUGCCUCAAUGCUGCACUGCUGGAUGCCAUGUUACAUUAUGACGUAUUAUACUGAUAGUUUUGUGUGUUGAAGUCUCAAGAAGUGUUAUAUCGGAUAAUCAAAGAGAAGGGGUCUGGUUGUCUUCACUCAGGCUAGUCUGUACGUUAGUAUGUGUGCCAAGACUUACCCUAUGUUGUUCCCUGCCUUCCUUAGUGUGUGUGUGUGUGUGUGUGUGUGUGUGUGUGUGUGUGUGUGUGUGUGUGUGUGUGUGUGUGUGUGUGUGUACGUAUGUGUGUGUACCAGGGUGUGUGUGCUUCUAACUAGACCUGUUUAGUGUGGACAGGUAAUGCACAGCAGGAGUGUUGUUGUGUUAUGCCUCAGGGCUGUGGAUUCACUACAUGUCACCUCACCUCUAAUUCUGUCUGUUGGUUACAAUUCUCUCAGUUUGUGUUGCCUCUGAUGUUAACUCCGGUGAUCCAGUAUUGCUUCUGCUUCCAAUGCCUCGGCUCCACAGCCCUGUUCUACCCUGUUCCAUGUCUUGCUUUGCCAGGAACAUGGAGAAGAAGAAAAAUGAGUGAAGGUUUUGUACUGGAAGAUAUUUGAAUAAUGGAAGAUAAUACAAAGGAAAGAAAACAAAAGAAGAAAGGAUUCCUGUAAGAUAAGAUGUGUAGAAUCUUUGUAUAUGUGUAUAGAACUUUAUACUACUGUGAUGCAUGUGUCCCUCUUCCUUUCCCUCCCAUCCUUCCUUCCCGUCAUCCCUUCUGUGGCUCCGUCUCUCAAUGCAAGUGGAGCGCAGACAGUGUCAUCUUUGCCCUCCACUGCGCCAGCUUCCCCCAUGCUGGGGUGUUUAGGUGGCCGGUGGAGGAGUGGACCCAGAGUGGAGGAGUUGAAGCCAAAGAGUGUGUGUUGACUGUGGAUGAGAAGUGGCAAGAGGUGGAAGCUGAUGAAUGUUGAUGUCAGCCGGCCGGUGGAGUGCCCAUAUCUAAUUUAAAGCAGACUCUUCCAUGUGUUUUACGUACGUAUAUAUACAAACCUAUGUAUAUUUCUUUAUAUUAUUUGUAACUUAUAAACAACCAGUGACAACAGCCAACCAAGUUUUUAAUGUUAGUAGGAGUUAGUAGGGAAUUACUGACUAAUUUAGUGUUAGGUAAUUUCUAUUUAUUUGUGUAGGAUUAGUAUCACUGCAUAGUUUGUGUUCCGUUUCUUCCAGCGUCAAAUGUUUGAGAAAUGUGUUCAGUGAUGCGUUCAGUGUUUGUCUGUGUUUGUUGUGAAUCUCCCAGUGCUGAGAAUCAGUCAGCCAGUCAGUCAGUCAGGCAGUCAGUGGAGGAGUAAGUUGUACUGCAUGACACACACACACACACACACACACACACACACACACACACACACACACACACACACACACACACACACACACACACACAGACACACAGACACACACACACACACACACACACACACACACACACACACACACACACACACACACACACACACACACACACACACACACACACACACACAGUACAGGCCAGAGCCACACCCAUUCCUGUACCACACCCUCUCUCCCCCUCCCAGAGUAACACAACACUCCCUGCCUCCCUCGCCUGCCUGCAGCACCUGGUCAAUAAACUUAUUUGCUCACAUUUCAGACAUUGUCACGUGUCUGUGGGUGGUGGAGUGCACCCUGCUUGCGUCAGGUGUGUGGAGGCUACGUUGCCUCACCUGAGUCAGUGCCUAAAUGAGGUGGGUGUCCUGGCAGGUGAGGAAGGCAGGGAGGGCUUCAGGCUGGCAAAUGAUUAAUUGUUUCCUGAGGGUUUUACUAUAUUGCAUUUAUAAACAUUUACGAUUUUUUAAUAUAACCCAAUAACCAGACUUUACUAAGCUGUUUACUUACUACCAGUGUCAAGGAGCAUUCCAGACUUGCAGUGCUUUAAGAUUAUUAUCAACAUGCAUUCAUGAAUUUUUCCUAAGCUAAGACAUGCUGCCACUAGAAGACACUCUUAUGUCACAAGUAUGAGGCCAGCACUCAACACUCAGGUGCUGGCACUCUGCUUUGCUCACACAUCACACAAACCUUUACACUAAUCCUACAAAAUUUGAUAACUUUUGAGCCACAACAGUUUCCAUGGGAGGUUUUGAGGGAUUCAAUUGCUGAUAAAGGAUAAAGAAAAAGGUUUUGAGUCCACAUGGGAAAGUGAUUCAUGGUAGACACACUUACCUGCAAUAAACAAACAGAAAGGCACACAUUUACCAGGUGCUUCUAUGAGGUUGAAUAUUUUGGCUUCCAGUGUGCCCCUCACAUGUCCCACUUGCCUCGAGAUGAAGCUACAGUACACUCCCUCUCCUUCUAUUCCUCUUCCUUGUCCUCCCCAAACCACUACACUCAUCUAGGGCUUACAGGGUGUCACAUAAUUACUAUGUGAUAUGUUUUUGAUGACCUGAUGAAAUCUUAGGGAUCUCAUUUCCAAGUUAAUCCUCAUCAUAUCUUUGAGAAUUAAACCUUUUCCCAAAAAAACCCAAACUGGUGUGUAACUUUUUCGGUACUUUUGGCGUCCCCUUGUCUCGUAAAGCAACCCACUCAACGUUAUACAAAUGUUAACAAAAUAGAGAAGAUAUUUACUGUACCUUUGCUAGUUUGAAAAUUGUAUUUUAGAUGUUUGAAGUGAAAAACUACGAUUCUCAUUCUCAAAUAUUCUGCCUUCCUACCUCGACUUGUUUACCAGGCUCCAGUGAAGGGUGUUUGGUUUUUCAAGGGUGCUUUCAUGACUAGUAAUAGUUUAGUGUGGAUUCUACACCACUAAUGAGGAAACAGACACUCACAGGAGCACAACCAAUCGUCUCCCUGGCCUUGGAAAAAUCCUGAUGGGAGCUGGAAGUGUUUGAGAAUGUGAAUCUAUAUCGUUGGUUUCUGAGUUAUAAAGGUCGUCUUAGGGUGACCCAGUGGCUAGGCAUGUGUGUGUGGUGCCCUUUGUGUCCUCCCUGACUCCCCCUCCCUCCCUCCUGCUGCACCACACCAUCACCAUCACUACCAUCAUCCCCUUCAAGCAAUACACAGUCAACACUACUGUAACCAUCCUGUGUAUAUAGCUACAGCUGUAACCUAACUGGGGGCAUUCAACCUGUAUCAUAAUAGCUGUAUAUUCUGUAUAAUGUUUGUACUACGAGCACACUGUAUAGUUCUCUGUCUCUCUUUCCCUGUGUCUCUCUAGUGUACAGGCCCCUUCCCUCCUCAUACUUCAUAAUUCGUUCAGCUCCUUCAUAUUAGCGAGUGCGUGGCAUGCGUGGUGUGUGUUUGUAUGUGUGAGUGUGAACUGUGGUGCCUUGCAGUGAACGUGGCUGAUAACAUUGAUGAUUGAUGCAUUGUGGUAGGAACAACAACACUGUGGACCUCCCUCACUCACACCCCACUCACCUACCAGCCAUCAUAAGCACUUCUCCCACAAUUCCUCCACUUCCUGCCUUAGUUGAGAGUUCUUGUUCUUGACUCCUCAGCUUCUCCAGUGCAUUUUGAUAUUUUUACACUUCUGUUUCCUCUUUUAUCAUAGUUCUCCACAGGUAUCACUCAGGCUUGAUUGGGUAUGUCAGCUGCCAUUUCUUUGUUGAAGUAGUAGUUUUAAUCCAUCAUCAUCAGUGCUCUUGACAAGGGUUUUUCCUAAUGUUCUGUAGACUUAUUAUUAACCCUAAUGGCUUGACAUAGUCCAUCCUGAGGCAUUUGUGGUGACACAUUUCCUCACUGAAGCCACAUCACACACCAUCUCAGUGAUCUCUACUGUGGCCUCCAUCUUGAGUCCUCAUUGUCACGUUCUUAGCUCUUAACACAGGACACGGAGAAACACACAAGCAGUGGGUUGAUAUACAGAAAACAGCUCAUCCAUUCAAAUGACGGUGUGGUAGUGGUUGCUGCCACACACACCAUUUCAAGGAGGGUGUGUCAAUCUGUACUCUUUCUCUGUGUCUGUGUCUCAUGGGGGAGUGAGUGAGUGAGAGUUUGUGUGUGUGUAUGUCUUGUGUUCAGUGCGAGCUAUUCAUGCCAAAGUUGUACUAACCAGCCCGCUCCUUCACAUUAAUUCACCCCAGUCCCAUUCAGUCUUUAUUGUGCAUUUCAUUUAUUGAUUAGUGGGUACCGUAAUGUUUUUUUAUCCGAAUGAUUAAGAAAUUUUAUUGAUCUCCCUUUCUUGUCAUUCCUUGAUGUGAAAUGUUUUUUUUAUUGAAUUUUAGGUUAUUUUAUUUGUCUCCUUUCCUCAUAUUUUCCAGUUUUAUUGUGAUUUUUCUUUCAUACUUGCAUUUUUUAUUACAUAUGGUUUUUCUUAAAUUAAAGCAAUUUUCUAUUCAGUUUUGCAAUCUUCAAUUUUACCCUCUAGCUUGUCAGUUUUUAGAGUAAAAUUUGACAUGUUUCCUUUGUAGUUGUAUUAAAGAAUCAGCCUCCUUUACUUUAGACUCAGGUAAUGAGACCACAAGCAGUUGUUGCACCUAAAGAGAACCAACAAAUCAGUGCGAACGGAAGAGAAAAAAAACAGGAGAGUGGCGAGACUGGAGUACAAAUUGUGUAUAUAUGACUAAAUCAUCCUAGACAUGUAAGUUUUUCUGUGCUGCCUAAUGUUCUGUAGAGGUAAUAGUCAAAGUAGCAGUGGGAGUAGUAAUUGCCGUAGUAGUGAUGUUAUUCUUCCAAGUGUUACUCAUUACACUACACUCAUUUCUCGUACAUCACAGGGAACACUUCAGUCUCUGUAACACCUACUUAACACUACUUACAUGGCUUACUACUACCAUUUUCACCUACUACUACUAUGAUUACUACUACUACUACUACUAAUGCCUUUCAUAGUAAGAGGUGAUGACUCUGUGAGGGUGGGAGAGAGCUGGGCAGAGUGUAACAAGAGAAACCACAACACUAUACACUAGUUUGGACUCGGCAAAAAAAAAUGAAAUACAAAAUAAACAAUUCUAACGUGCCGAGAAUGUGGGAAGAAAAACAAAACAAUAAAACAAAACUCAAAACCUUUGUGUGUGUGUGUGUGUGUGUGUGUGUGUGUGUGUGUGUGUUUGGAUGUGUGUGUGCAUGUAUGUGUUCAUUGAUAGCCCUGUGAACCGAGAAAAAGAGGAAGGAUAGGCAGCAGUUACAAGAUGAGUAUGCUGGAGUGUCUAGGAGUCAGGUAUAUGGCAAUCCCACAUGACAGACUUGAGCAUUGUAGAAGAGAGGGAGUCAGUCUGUGAGUGCAUGUUUGUUUUGGCAGUAAUAGUGUUCUGGAUGGAUGUGUUAUGUGGUGUGUUGCUGCUGCUGCUGUUAGUGUGUGUGUGUGUGUGUGUGUGUGUGUGUGUGUGUGUGUGCACGUGUGUAUGUGUGUGAAUGAAUGGGAUAUGAGUGGUGUAUUUAACCUAUAGUGUAUUUUUGACUCUUACCAGUUACCAGUGUAGGUCUUGCAUUUCAAUACAGUUUCUCCUUCCCCCCAACAUGUGAAAUAACCAGACUUUUCAAAAAACAAACUCAUCAGACUUUCACCAAUCUCUCUCAGGGCAAGGACUGAUUUUACGAAUAUUCCUUUGACAACCCAAAACCAAUUGACUACAGAUUGUUAUUGUAAUAAAUAGAUAUAUAUACAUACAUACAAAUAUAUAUUAACAAAAAGAAUGUCAAAAUCUACUAAUUUUUGUAACAAGUGUUGACAUUACCCCGACCGAGGUGAUGUGUGUUGCCUCCCCCAAGUCACCUAUGCAAUAAUGAACUAACGGACCUCUCCAGUGAGUCACCUGCACCUCACACCACACCACCCGUCCUUGAGGGAAGCUGCCGAGACCAUGACACGGCACUUCCUUUGUAACCCAUACCUUCCUACACACCACCUUUCAUCCUACUAACUCUGCAUUAUGUCUAUGUAAUCUCUAUUCCAUUCAUCUACCACUCCAUCCUUAUUUCAUUGGUGCCACUACUGAAAUCCCACCUACUCAUCAUAAAAAUCAGUACAAGGUGUAACUCCUUGUCACUAUUGCAUCAGACUCUCCAUUCUGCAUUGCAUUGCCUGCAUGCUCUCUCCCUGCCUUGUUGCGGGAGGCAAGGGUGGUGGUGUGGCCGUGAGUGUGUGGGUGACUCUCUGCCUGUGUUCCGUGACUCCGUACUUUUACUGGCCCAGGUCCCCUCCUCACACCCUAACCCUCUUGUGUGUUGGGUGCUCAGAUGCCCAAGAGUAUUUUGUAGAUCAUGUAAAAUAAAUAACAAUACAUA